GUUUGGCAACUUACGCAUUGUGGGUACGCGGUCGCACUAACCAUUUAAUGUUUUGGUCUAUUUUUUAUGUAAAUACUAGAAGAAUUACCAAAUAAAAUACACAACUUAAGGAUUUGGCGCUCUUUAUUCAAAACAAAAUAAACGCUAAUAACACGUCUGACAAAAGUUGCAGCACAAUUGCCAAAAUAAUAAGAAUUCAACAAUCGCCUUCUGAGGCAAAAGCCAUGAGCAAAGUGCGCAGGCUGUACCAUCAAAAAUAUCGCGAAGAUUGGGAACGAUUUCCGUCGUUUUCCGAGUGGCUCUGCCGUGGCGACGAUGGCUACUCGGCUCAUUGCAAGAUAUGCGACGCCAAUGUGUUGGCGCGUCUGGCAUCCAUUAAACAGCAUCACAAUACGGCCAAGCAUCAAAAGGCUCUCAAAAGCCAUCACCUCGGAUCAAAGAGCAUUCCCAUUAAAAUGGAGCCCGGCACAAAGGAGGAGCCAAAGCAAAUUUCACAAAAGUUUAUUUUCGCUACCAAGCCAAAACCAAAGAUCAUCAAACGCUCCAAAACGGAUAAAGUGUCGGAGAGCAUUGAGCAGGUGCCUUUGGAGCCAGACACAUGCUCCAAUGACUCGAUACUAGAAGAUCUGUUGGGCAACGAUGAUAUGGAGCAGCAGUAUCUACAGGAAAUUAGCGACACGGAAAUGGAACAAGAUGUUAAGCCUGAAACUAUCCAAGAAUUCAAAAUUGAUGAAAUGCAGGAAGACAAUCUGACUGACGAUAAUAUUAUCAGCGAAUUCGAUCUGUUCGGCAAGAGUGUUUCCCUACAACUGAAUCACAUGGAGUUGGAGGAUGCUUUGCUCUGCCAGGAGCGAUUGCAGGUGGUGCUUACCGAAUUCAGACUUAAGAUCUUGAAGCGCAAAUCAAAACGCAACUUUUAAAUGUACCAAACUUAAAC